CACCAUCCAACUCAGAGUUCACGUCUAUUUUUAGAAACACAGGUUCCACUGUCCCGCAAGUUUUCUUUGAGAGUUUUAAGAACUCAAAAUGUCUGCCGUUUCGUUAUUUCUAUUUUCCACACUAGCCGUCCUGUUCGCGUGUGUUUCUUCGAUAAAUUUGAGAAUUGAUGAACAAGAGGAAAGAGGUUUGUAUUUCGGAAUUUCAUUUAUUGGCAAUUAUGGUUCUUGUUGCGGGUUACCAUUGUUGUUGUUGCUUAUUUAAUUUUAAUAUAUUCGUCCAUCAUUAUUAUUAUUAUUAAGUUUGAUAAGUUUUGAGCUCUUAUUUAAUAUAAAUAUUAUAACGUUAGGCCUACAUUGAUUUCUAAGUUUAUUUCUGAAAGUGUUGUCAAAUGUGAGAUUCAAAAUAAUAAGCCAAGGCUUGAACAGGCAGACAUUUUACUAAAUUCAUACAAUUGGCAUUGGUGCCAUGACUUCAUUUGCGUGUUUAUUUAAGUUUAAGAUUCCUGAAUCCAGAACUAAUAAUUUCGGCAUUAUAUAAGCCCACUAUGGCUAAACUAAUUAUAUUAUUGACAUGUACAUUUUUCGAUCGACUAGCUUAAAUAGCCUACUUAAAGUUAAAGAAAUAAUGUCAUGUCCUGUCACCUUUAACCCUUCCACAUCCAGGCUUAAAAAUUAUGUAAUGUGAUGAUCUUAAUGUCUGAAAUAAACAAGUCUGCAUGACUCCCUUUUUGUUUGAGUUGAUUCUAACUGGUUACUUGUUGAGAAGUCCUUGGCUCAAACAGCCUACUAACAAAUAAUAACAUACUCAUACUGAAUAUUAAAUUACAACACUGUCAAAUAAAUGCAAAAAUGAAUCAUAAGUAGCCUAUAAGAUUUUAAAAGGCAAGGGGAUUACAGUUUUGAUACAUUUAUUAAUGAAUGAUUGCAUCAGCAUGAUCAACAUGGCAACAAGGUUUAAUAGUUGAUAAUAAUUAUUAAAAUCUUCACUUUUCUUCUAAAAAUCUAAACCUAUAUAUAUGUUGACAUUUUACUACAAUUAGACAUAAUUUACAUGAAGUAUGAAGACUUGCAGAGCACCUAAACACUUAACCCACCCAUUACUUAUUUACCUCUUAUCCCAUGUCAGAAAUCCCUGCUAAUAGUAGUAACAACUAUCAUAUCCACCACUGAUAGUAUAGUGGUACAUAAAGUCACAUUAUCACCAGUGCUGGAUGAACAGUCUACUCCAUAUGUACUUAGGUACAAAGGUUUGUAUUUAUAUUUUGAUUGUUCCAAAAUUAGAAUGUUAUGGCACUACAGUUGGCUUUGGAUACUCUGGCACUUUGGAGUUUCACUAUCAACACUUGAGGAAACGCUACGCUGGGUGUACGUACAUACAUGGCAACCUGGAGGUCACUAAUCUUGUAGAUCCUAAACUCAACUAUGACCUCAGUUUUUUAAAGGUGAGUGUUUUUUUCCUGAUUUAAACAAAUAUAUAUUUGCCCUUAUUUCCACACAUUGCUUUGAUCAUAUAUUAUCACUUAUCACAGGUAUCUGUAGGUAAUUGUUGAUUACUGAAAACACUUUACUCAUUAUAUUUAUAUUUUACCUUAGAAUCUAAAAAUAAUUGCUAUAACAUUCUUGGACGGCAUUAGAUCUUAUAUGUGGGAUUAAUUUUUUAUAUUUUAUUUUCAUCACUAUGAAUGCCAUGAUAUAUCCCUAGAAUUACUUGAAAUCAUGUCACAUCUAACAAUAGCUUAAUACCUGAGAUGGGGGGGGGGGUGAAGCGGAGUAAUGUGGCAUUAUGUCCUAUUAAUUAAUUAAUUUAUACGAAAAUUAAACCAACAGCCAUCAGCCUAGUAGGGAAAACUUUAAAAAUGCUACUUUUAUAUGAGUUUUAUUCUCAUAUAACCUUUAAACUAUUACAUUUCCUCUAAAAUAAUGUAUGCAUUAAAUGUUUUCAAAUCUUAAAACACUAAUAUAUGCCCAUUAUUUAUCCUCUAAAUUGUUCAUGCUCAUGAAAUGGUUUCUAGAUAAUAGCAAGCAGUUGAGCUAUAAUUUUUCAUCCAGUAACAACACAAACAGCCUCAAAGCUGCAGUAUUAUAAUUUGUUGUACUCUCAGACUAUACGUUAUGUCAGCGGUUAUGUUCUGAUUGGCCUCAUCACUGAAGUUGAACGUAUCCCACUCAACAGUCUGGAGGUCAUCAGGGGAAAUAACACCUACAGUAUUAUGGGUUGGUAGAAGAACUGUUAUUUCAUUUUGCAUAGAACUUAUUCAGUUUUAGUUCAUGGACUCGAAGAAAAUCUUUAACACUAUAAUAUAUUAUACUAUAAUCCAUGACCACAGUUCCAUCAGAGUUUUAAAAAGCUGAAAGUAUUGACAAAUUGUAUUCCUUUUCACAAAUAAAUAUCACAAUUUUAUAUCAACAGACAUUUUUCUUUAGACUUUAGACAUAUUUUAAAUUAUUAGUCUCGAAAUGUAAAGGACUGGCUUUAAAGAUUAAGGCCCUUACAGCAAAUCUUCUGACUAAAUUAAGCUGCAGUCUCUACAGAAUUCCAUGUUAUUUGCUUUUCCAAUUUGAAGCUGAAUGAAGUUUACAUUUUAAGCCUGUCCUAUGCCACAUUUAUCAUGUAGUUGUGCAUUCAAUGUUAACUGAUUAUUCUAUGGCCCAUUCAUCAUGUGGUUGUUCAUUCAAUGUUGACUGAUCUUUCUAUGGCCCAUUCAUCAUGUCUUUAACUAUUGACUGGUGUGCUUCACUCAAAGGGGAUGACUACAGCCUGGUGGUGGUGCUGACAUCGAGGAGUGAGGAGGACAGCUCAGGAGUCAAACACAUCACUGGACUUAAAGAAAUUCAUCUGCCGCAGCUUAAAGGUAAUGCUCAGGGUGCUACACAUGACAACCAAUGGAGAACCAUGCAUGAAUUUAUUUACCGAUGCGCUCCCACACUGGUGACUGAAUCUAAAAGAUCACUAAGUCACUAAGUCAUUAUUGUCACUAAUGGAGUUCAUUUAUGAUUGGUUGAUAUGCUAGAGAAAUACUUUCUUGUGUUUAAAUUGUUAUAAUUGUAAAAUGUUGUCUUGGUUUGAAUAUAUAUUUAUUUAUGUCCUGAAAAUGAAUAUUUACAAUGUAAUCAAGAAACAUUACCUUUUAUUUUGAUCAAAAAAGAAUCUUAUCUUAUAUCAAAAUGUGUUACUUACACUUGAUGAUUUAUUUUUUUUUUAUUUCUCAGAACUUUCUGCUGGAAAAGUGCUUUUCACUGGUAACCCAUCUCUCGGAUACAUCAACACUGUGGACUGGGAGCCUAUAGUGCGUGGUCGCUGGGAUGCUGUACAUUUCCAGGAACAUGCUUACAAUGAUUCAGGUUAUUGGUUAAUUUUAUAAUUUCCAAGUCAUCAGAAUAACUCAUAAAUUCCCCAGGCUGUAAAGGAUUCAAAAAGGACUAGUAACCUACACUAGUGAAAUCUGAAGAUGAUUAUUAGUAUUAGUGGUAUUAUAUAGCGCGGUACCCCAGCCUAGGGCUGGGCUCACCGGGGUGUAUACAAAAAUAUUAGCAAACAUAAUCAUGACAUUAAAAAAUAACAUACAUUUAUUUAAUUAAAAAACAGCUAUAUAACAACAGAACAAAAACAAAUGAAUAUUCACACCAGCCAAUGCAUCAUGAUUUGGCAUUAAAAAUCACCUGGCUUUGAUUGAGGGUCUCCAUCUCUAUCACAGCUAAAGAAACUAGGUAUCCAUUUCUAUCUCAGCUGAAGAAACUAUCAUUAAGUGCCAAACAAAAAAAUGGAAAAGAUAAAAUUUUUAAGAAGGGUGCAUCCAGUUACAGACUUUUGUGUUAUGAGAAAUAUUAUUUUUUAAACCCACAGGAAAUUUAUCUAAUUAUAAAUGCAAUUAUUUUUGUUUAUUUAAUGCAUCUAUCUAUCUACUAGAAAGGUACAUAAAACAUAUCAAUAAAAUCUUUUUUAUUCUACUUAUAAAAAUAAAAAUGAAAGCUAAAAAAAUUUAGGCCUUUUAAACUUAAAUUAAUUAAAAUAAGCACAACAUUAAAUGUUGCAUUUUAUGGUUCUAAGAAUAAUAAAUUGGCAUUGAAAUAAGUUGUUAUACCCGUAAUAAUUUUGUAAAUAUUUUUGUUAAUAGUGGCCCACAACAAUGACACAUCGAUUUGUGAUGGAGGAACUCGUUGGGGAGAUGACAGAACUCUGUGUCAGCAAGGUAAGGGGAUUGUUGUGUGUAUACUCAGCACAGAUACAACUGACAAACAAAAGUAUAGAUAAGUGUCUAUUGGUAUUUAUUCUUAUGCUCGUUGGUUUCUACCAUUGUAUGUAGUGAUACGUUGUUUGAUUAAUGUUGAUUUCUUGCACUGUUUGAAACAAUCUGCUUAUUAUGUUUUAUUAGUUAGUAUGACUGCUGCCAGAAUACUAAAAUUCUCUUUGAUGCUUUUUGGGAAUGAUGACCCCAUUUGAUCAUAUCACUUUUAGAAGUAUGACAAGUUUUAAGGUCUGUUUUUUAUUUUGUUAUUUACUAUUUGUGUUGUGCAUCUGCAAUAGUUUUUGAGAUUCUAAAACUAAUGAGAUAUUUAUUUCUUUUAUUUAUAGUGAUAAAAUCGACCACGUGCCAUGAAACUUGUGAUGGUCGAUGUUUCGGCCCAGGAAGUGAUGAGUGUUGUCACUCUUCAUGUGCUGUAGGGUGUGACGGUCCUGAAGAUGAGCAGUGUUUUGUGAGUAUCUGAACGAAAUGUCUUGUUUAUACUAAAGGCUGGUUUAAUAACUCAACAACUGGGGUUAAGGAGGCUAUUAUCAGGGCAGGGUACUUUGAAAUUUGAUACUAACUUAAAAUGACUGGCUGCAAGGGCUCUAAACUUAAGAGAGUUAAUAGAAUUGAGAAUUCCCCAAAUUUAUUCUUAGUGUAAACAAGAUCAUCUGACCAUUUUAUUUUAAGAGCUACUGUCCUUAAGUUCAUCAAAGACAUUUCUGUGUGAAUGUUUCAUAGAUCACUGGUUUCAUCCAUUUUACACGCCUCCUUAUUUAAUCAUAAUUCAUAACAGUCCCCGCAAUCAGUUGAAUGCACAAGUUAAACAUUAAGAUCAUCAAAACAGGGGCACUUAUUAAUGCUUUAUAACUAUACAUUGAAAGACUCAAUAAUAUUAAUGAAAUUACAGCAAGUUAAAUACCCAGAACACUUAUUUUUUUUCAACAAGGAAAAUCUUUUUUUAAAGUCAAUAAGAUAUCCAAGUUUUGAUACCUGUAAACAAAUUUUAUAUGUAAAAUAACUAGUUUUUUUUUAAUUUCCAUGGCCAGGUGUGUAAAGACUACUUGUAUGAGACCCACUGUGUUGGAUUUUGUCCUGCCAGAGCAUAUCCAAAGUUGCAGAAAUGUGUCCAAUAUUAAAAUUAGACUGUGGCUGUUAAGAUAUGUCACAAGAGUCUAGAGAAAUCUCCAGCUCAGACAAAUUCCCAAUAUUAUUUGAGGCACAUUGAAAGGAAGUUUCAGACUUUAUGUAAUUAUAUAAAAUUGUAUUAAGAUUUAAAAAAAACACUGCUGCCUAAGAAUAUUUGUGUCAGACUAUGUGUCCAGUGGCAUGUGUGCUCAGUUAAUUCUGCCGAGGGGAAAGAGUCUAGAGGUUAGAAGAAUGUGUUCAGUGGCAUGUAGGGCCUACCAAAUGGAAUCAGAGCACAGACGUUGAAAUACCAGGGCAAGUUGCUAAUAUAGAAAUAUUGUUUCUGGAAGGACCAGAGCAAACUAGCUACAAGAAAUUUGAUUUUUGUCCUUUGAAAUUAUGAUGAGUGACUUCAAGCACGAAGUACUCAAACAGUUGUGUUAGUAUUACAUAUGUAGCCUUAGCAACAGAGAUGUACUCAUCAGCACAAUUUUUUUAAACAGAUUGUUAAUCUAACACCUUAUUUAUAUGUUAAAAAAACAGUAUUGCCCUUCCAACAUAUUGAAAAGUUGUACAUACAUAUGCAAGACUUCAUACUUCAUUAAGUUAUGUCAAAUUGUAGUAAAAUAUCAAGUUAUUCCAUUUUAUUUAUUAGUUUUGAUAUUUUUUUAAGCCUGGGUUUUUGGGGGGUUACUUGCAAUAAUGUGAAAACAAUCAGCUUUUUAUCUUCCUUGCAGUUUAAUGAAUGAAGUGAAUGAUACAACAACCCUCCCAAAUUCCUGAAGUAUUAACUUUGUAUGUAGAACACGCCCCCUCCCCUCCCUCCCCCAAUAUGUACAAAAUGUUGGUUAUGUACAGAAAGUACCAUUUGAAAGCAACAAAUGGAGGUCAGAGUAGAUUGAAGCUAUCCAUCAGUUAGAUUAAGAAUCGAAAUGUUUAAUCUGAGCCAGCAACAAGCCGUUUCAGGUACUGCUGUCCACAUUUCUAAGCAUGACAGACCUGAGACGAUUGUUGUUACGGUUCUUUAAACAUGUUGCUGUUAUAGUUCUUUAAACACUGGGUUUCAAGUGCCAUUGGGUAGCCAGGCAACCAUAAAGUUAAUCCUGAUUAAAAUGAAUGACCCAUGUUGGCUGAUGUAUCUCUACAUUUUCAAUUCUUCUGGUUCUAAUAAUAUUUGUGAUUCUAAAAUCGAUUGGGUAAUUUAAGAAAAUUUUAAAUAAAUCUAUACUAAAAUUUUAAUUAUUUUGUGCAGUAUUCUGGAAAUGUAGGCAGUUGAUAGUGUAAAGUCAUACAUGUUUACAAUAGAUUUAUUUAUAUUUCUAGUUAAUGCAAUUAGUUUGUUAUGACAAUGUCAUUAUGCCUUAAGUUUUCCAAUAAUUCAAAUUAUUUAGUUACAAAAGAACAAUGCUGAGGUAAUUGUUUGAUAGUGUUGGUCUUUUAUUGAGAAAAAUAUUGGUGAAAAACUUUUUAUGAAACAUUGAUUAAUAUGUUACAGUAUCCAACGUUUUCUAGAUCAUCCCCCCCUUCCCCAACUUUAAGGGAGUCCAGCACCCCCCCCCCAACCACUCAUCCCACCCCCUGACUAAAUUUUGGUGAAAUAUAUCACAGUUAUAACUAUUGAGACUUAAUACCAUUCACAUUGAUAAAAACUUUUUAUGAAACAUUGAUUAAUAUGUUACAGUAUCCAACGUUUUCUCGAUCAUCCCCCCCUUCCCCAACUUUAAGGGAGUCCAGCACCCCCCCCCCCAACCACUCAUCCCACCCCCUGACUAAAUUUUGGUGAAAUAUAUCACAGUUAUAACUAUUGAGACUUAAUACCAUUCACAUUGAUUUUUUUUUACUUUUGUGUUGCAAAAUGUCAAAUAAAAUAUUAUCAUGCAAUGUUUACCUGAAGAUGAAGCAAAGAGUAAGUCAACAUUUUAUGUAAAACAGAGUAGCUUGCCCUUGGAUGCUACCUACAUUUCUCAAUUUUGAUUGGUUAAAAAAAAAUCACGACUCAAUUGAGGUAAUGUGGGUUGGGCUUAUAAAAAACAGACCCAACAAUAUAUUUUUUUAAAAAUCUGAAUAAUUCCUUCCUUUUUAAUUCACUGUAUCGUUAUCCUGUCCCUGGUUACUUAGCCAACCCUUGACAACCACAAAGAUAUGAAAGCGGAUAUGAUAUGAACCAACCCGUUUUUGUCUUUGCCCUCUGAAAACAUUUUUUUUUCGUUCAUGCUUAUACCCCAUAGGUCAAUUGUUUUGUAUUCAAAUUUUAAUGUACUUGAAUAUAUCUGAUUAAAAUUGUAAUAAAUAAAAUUGAUUAAU